AUGGACGCCGAGUCAAAACCGUUGAAAAAACUCCUCAACCGCAUCAGCGGCCAGCCCGUGUCGUACAUCUCCAAGUCCAAAUACACGUUUGGACGCACGCUCGGCGCAGGCUCGUUCGGCAUCGUCCGCUACGCCCGCGACAACGGCUCGGGCGAGGACGUGGCCGUCAAAAUCAUCCUCAAAAAGGCGCUCAAGGGCAACGAGCAGAUCGUCAUCGACGAGCUCGAGCUCCUCCAGCUGCUCAGCCACCCGCACAUCGUCGGGUUCCGUGACUGGUUCGAGUCGCGCGACAAGUUCUACAUCGUCACGCAGUUGGCCACGGGCGGCGAGCUUUUCGACCGCAUCGUGCAGCAGGGCCGGUUCACGGAGCACGACGCGUCCGUGGUCAUUGUGCAGAUGCUCGAGGCCAUCCAGUACUUGCACGCGCGGGACAUUGUGCACCGCGACAUCAAGCCCGAGAACGUGUUGUACUUGAACAAGGAGCCGGGCUCCAACAUCGUGUUGGCGGACUUCGGCAUCGCCAAGAAGUUGCAGAGCCUGGACGAGAAGCUCCAGUCCAGCGCAGGCCUGUUUGGCUACGCGGCGCCCGAGGUGAUCAUGGGCACGGGCCACGGCAAGCCGUGCGACAUCUGGUCGCUAGGCGUGGUGACGUACACGAUCUUGUGCGGCUACUCGCCGUUCCGUGCGGAAAACGUGCAAGACUUCGUGGCCGAGGUGCGCCACAACAACGCGGUGAUCUUCCACGCGGACUACUGGAAGGACGUGUCCAAGGACGCGCGGCGCUUCAUCGUCAAGGCGUUGCAGUUCAACCCGAGCCUGCGGUCCACGGCCACGGAGCUUUUGAAUGAUCCGUGGUUGCUUGACGUGGCGUCGCAGCACCGCCACGCGGACUUGUUGCCGAACUUGAAGCAGAACUUCGACGCCAAGGGGAAGUUCCGCCAGGCCAUCGAGAUGGUCAAGUUGGCCAACAAGAUCAAGCACCUCAAGGCGCUCCAGGAGGACACGGACGACGACCCGCACGAAAUCAACUUGUUUGGCGAGGAGGGCCUCGUGUCCGCCAGCAACUGCCCGUCCUCAGCGCUGGCCAGCGAGGGAGAGUUGAGGGAGAAGACCACGGGCUCCGUGCGGUCGCCGCUCUUCAGGUGGAACAUGUUUGCGCAGGCGCUCCAGGACGCAGGCGGCCAGGACCGCGACGCGUCCAAGUCCUCGUUGACCAGCAUGCCGCCUGUGCGUCGCGCCACGGACGGCGCGACGGGCCGCGGCAAGUUGGCCACGAGUGCGUUCCAGCAGUUGGUGGAGGUGGCCACGCAGAACAAGCAGCGCGUCUCGGAAUACGAGGAGGAGUAG